AUGUCAUUGUCUUUUUCUUCUUUAACGAUCAAACAAUAUUUGAGUAAGGAACACAAUUUUCCUGUUCUAAGUCUUAUUACUUGCUGCUACUUUAUUGGCGGUUUAUUAUCAUUUGCUGGUUUAAAAGAGCUGUAUAAAUUAAAUACAUUUGCCAUUCAUCAAUGUCAAGUUAAAUCAAUUGAUUUAAAAUUUCUCGACAGAAAUCUUUAUCCACGUUGGAAUAUAACGGUAGUUCAUGACAAUCAAAUAAUAGAUGAUUUUCUAAUUGCAUCAACUGGUUUAACAUCAGAAAGCGAAGCAUGGAAUGUAGCACAACAAUAUAAGAUAAAUGAGACAUAUUCAUGUUAUCAUUCUCGAAAUCAAACAUUCUUUAUUCAAUGGGGUUGGCAAUGGGAUAAACCAUCGAAAUUGAAAGCCUGUAGGUCUUUUUUAGGUGGUGUGCCACUACUUGUUACAGCUGCAAUACUUCACAAAUUAAGACGACGUUAUCAAACAGAAUUUAGAAUAACACCAUCACAGCAACAGACAACAACAGCUAUGGAAACUCCACCACCUACUUAUAAUGAAGCAGUGCAACAAUCUUCGAUACAAGAAACAAGAAUCUAA